UGCUGCAGCGGCGGAGGAAGCGAAGCAGCGUCGUAAACAUGGCUGACAGCGCAGUGACAGAUGAACCUGAGACGAAAGAUGAUAUCGAUCGAGCAAAGAAUGAUGGCAAAGAGCUGACCAAGGAGGAGAAGCAGCGGCUGAGGAAAGAGAAGAAGCAGCAGAGGAAAAGCAAAGAGAAGAAUGAUGACAAGGAAAGCGAGAAAGAGAAGAAGUCUUUCCCAGCAGCUGCUCCAGCAUCUCAGCCUCCAACACAACCCACGACACACAAAGCUCCUCCAGCAGUGCCUGCUCCUGCACCGGUUCCCGUGCCGGCCUCAGAAGCUCCUGCCCCGGCAGAAAAGCCCGCUAAGAGUAAAGCAGAGCUAAAAGCAGAGAGGCGAGCCCGACAAGAGGCUGACAGGGCGUCCAAACAGGGCAAGAAGGGAGAGGUGGGUCCGCAGGCCUCCACUUCUAAACCCAAAGCACCACCCAGCGAGCUGCAGCCAGUGGUGAAGAGGCUCCCAGAACAUGUCCAAGUGGACAACCCGGAUGUUUUAAAGAAACUGGCUAAGAAGCUGGAGAGACAACAGACUGACGAUGCUGCAGCAAAGUUCAAGAUCCCGCUGCGGUUAGACUACGGCUACAAAGUCAGUCUGUUUUCUCACCUGCACCAGUACAGUCGCAAAUCUCCCCUUACACAACAACUCAGCAUUCCUUCCACAGUGAUUCAUCCUGCUAUUGUACGACUGGGCCUCCAGUAUUCACAGGGAAUUGUGGCCGGAUCCAACGCUCGCUCUGUAGCCCUGCUGCACGCCUUCAAACAGGUUAUAAGGGACUAUAACACGCCUCCUAAUGAGGAACUAUCUAGAGACUUGGUCAACAAACUGAAACCUUAUAUCAGUUUUUUAAAUCAGUGUCGCCCUCUGUCAGCCAGCAUGGGUAACGCAAUCAAAUACAUCAAGAAGGAGAUCUCCAAUAUUCCUAAUCAGUGCAAAGAAGAAGAGGCAAAGAGCAAACUGCUGACCUGCAUCGAUUGCUACAUUGAGGAGAAGAUCGUUCUUGCUGCUAGAGCUAUUGCCAAGUAUUCCAUCGAGAAGAUCAAUGAUGGAGACGUCAUCCUAGUUUAUGGAUGCUCAUCACUAGUCAACCACAUCCUGUGCGAGGCCUUCAACAAGAACAUCAAGUUCCGUGUGAUCGUGGUGGACAGCAGGCCGCGGCUGGAGGGCAGGGAGGCCCUGAGGCGCUUGGUCCAGGGAGGCAUCCGCUGCACCUAUGUCCUUAUCUCGGCCGUCUCGUACAUCCUUCCAGAGGUAUCAAAGGUGUUCCUCGGGGCUCACGCUCUGCUGGCCAACGGUUACGUCAUGUCCCGUGUGGGAACAUCACAGAUAGCUCUGGUGGCCAAAGCCUUUAACGUGCCUGUGCUGGUGUGUUGUGAGACCUACAAGUUUUGUGAGAGGGUGCAGACGGAUUCCUUCGUGUCCAAUGAGCUCGAUGACCCAGACGACCUCAUCGUGACCCGUAAAGGAAAGACUCAGCUGGAGGACUGGCUUCAAGUGGACUUUCUCGGCCUGCUCAACCUGGUGUAUGACGUGACGCCGCCGGACUUCGUGGACCUUGUCAUCACAGAGCUGGGAAUGAUCCCGUGCACCUCGGUCCCCGUCGUGCUGCGAGUCAAAAACGUGGACCAGUGAUCGACCUGGGGUCUCACAUCAGUCUGAGCCAAGAGGCUGUUUCUGCUGCGUCUCGAUCUGGGGGAAAUUGUGUGCGUGAACGCUUGCACACAACACAACACAAAAUAUCUUGCAAUAAAUAUAUAUCUGAAAUGGCAAAUGUUUUUAAACAGAGUCCAUGUCUGUCUUUGUGGUGGAAUAAUCGAGAUGGGAUGGGAAGGCAAUCUGUGUCUCUUUUAAUCCAUGCAGGGCGAUGUUUUAAUAGACCCAUGUUAUGAACUGUUUCUGUACAACAGAACAUUUAAUUGCCAGUUUUUAGAGCAGAACAAUUCCACUGUGGUUCACAACACGCUCCACUUGUCAACCACAGCGCGCCGUUUUAAACUUGCCAUAAAUGGUUCCUUAAUUACAGCUGGAGCUGCAGAAUCUCAGAGGAUUUUUAGGGCUCCCAUAAACUCUUCAGAAAAGCUUUUAAUGACUUGAUCAAUUGUAUCGGAUAAGAGCUAGAGAGGGUGAGCCAGAAACCAGGUUUAUGGCAAAGGUAACAUCCUCCCGGGUCAACACAUGAUACUUGAAAGCAACAUUUCUAUAGGCUGCUUCUAUACAGGAUAAUUUAUGAAUUGCAUAAUAUUCCAACAUUUAGGUUAUCUUGACCUAACGUGGCCAUUACAUUUAAUCUUAUUCAUUAAUGAUACGUUUGCCAACUAGUUCCCUGUAAAUGUCCAUUUAAGUGUAUAAAAUGGUUUUAAAAUAACAUAAGUAUAUUAUAUAAACCCAUAUGUUUAUAGAGGUGUAGCUCAAAAAAGGAAAGCACUGUCUUAUUUUGAAAUCUUUAUUAGAACCCUGAAUAUCAUUGAAACUUCUCGUUCAACCACAUUGUAACAUCGAUCAGAGGAUACAGCCACAAGGACACAUUUUAGCAGAUACUGGAGUGUAGCCCAACAACAAGUACACAACAGUUUGAGUCUUGGUUCACUUUAAUACUGAUAAGCUCAAAGCUCAACCAAGCUUGAGAUUUUGUGAUGAAUCAUGAUGUGAAGCGGUUUUGUUUUUUUCUCUCUUGAGAAAAAACAUGUUCAACAUGCAAAAAUACAAUCUUCAAUUCCCCACUAAAAUACUUUAAAAUUUGUGGUUUCAUAAACCCAGUCAGUAAUUAUUUGGCACAGUGAACUGCGAGCAACAGUUCAGAAUUUGAUAUAAUACUAUCUCUUCAUUCGUAUCUUGUCAGUUAAGUAAACUCAUAAGUGUUAAAAGUGGUCUUCUUUCUUAAAAAACUUAAAAAC